AAUGCUCAUUGAUUUUUGGGUGUAGAUGAAAAGAAAUGACAUUGUGCAGUUGAAGCUUUUUCAUCAUUUCCAAUAUAUCAGACAAAAAUCGUUGAAAAUAGCAGUCAUUAUUCUCUCCGAACUCCUAGAUGUAGUGCUCACUAGAGAGAAGUUAAAUUCGAAUAGAAUUCAUUUCUCGAGAUCUUGAAAAAGUGAGAAGGAAUUUCUUAAACGAUCAGAUUUAUUUGACUUUAGAAAAUAUAUGAUUUGUUGCAGGAUAAGAAUGAAUAAUAAAUAUGCUAACAGCAUCUGGCAAUAGAUUGAACCUAUAUCUCAUUUAAUUGAACAAUCAAUUGGUGAUUUAUAUAUGUGAUUGAAGAUCUAUCAAAGAGCUACCAGAUACAUAAUUGCCGUAGUAUUUUGUCUUGUCUACUUCUUAAAUUCAGUCCACCACGACAUGCUGAAUUAUUAGAACAAUAACCUAAAACGCAUUAUGUUGUUGAUAGCUUUUAGGUUUCAUAAUUUGAGUGAAAUCUCAUAAAACAGGUAUAUAAUUUAAUAGAGUUGACCAAGAAAAGUACUGGUGGGCCGAUAUGACCUCUUAUACGCCCUCUUCCUUUAUAAACUUUAUUAUUUUGUUUUUUGAAUUCUCAUAAAAAGGAUGAUUACUAGAUCAAUAUUUCAUAUGAAAAUAUUUAUACUAAAUUUAUGCACACGUGUGAUUAAUUGAUGUAUAAGAGCACGUUCCUGUUUGUAAAUCUUUCGUUCUUUAUAUGAAAAAUAAAACGAUCAUACAAAACUAUGACCUUGAAUAACUUGUGUUUUUAUUCUUUUCUUUCUUUCUUUCUUCUUCAUGCAAUUAUGUGCUUAACAUAAUGCUUUUUUUCAAGCAUAGUUUCAGUAGUGGGGAAAGGAAAAAGUAAGUUGACGGUUGACAGUGAUAGAUAAAAAAAAUGGAGAGAAUUAUGAAGCCCAUGGUAAAAAAAUGUGUGGAAAAUAUUUAUUUAUCUUAUGUAUUGAUUAUCAUUUGUCUAUCCGAUUGGUUUUAUAAAUUAUUUCAACUAUUAAUGGGUUUGAAUUUUUUAAAUAUUACUUCGUAUUUUCAAUAUAUUUUUCAUUUAUGGCAAAUAAACAAAAUAAUAGCAACGUUAAUUAUGAUUAUUUGUUUAUUUGGAAUACCGAAAUUUAUUGUUUUUUUUCGAAAGAUUUUUAAUAUAAUACAGCAAUUUUUAAAAUCAAUAAUCAAGAAGCCAAUUAUUAUAAAUGUACCAGUUUUAAUAUAUUUAUUUAUAAUUAUUUUUAAACUUUAUUUAUUUUCAUUAAAAUUUAGUAAUAUUAAUUAUAAUGAACAGAUUUCAUUUAAAAAAUCAAAAAAGAAAAAUUAUUGGAAAGGUAUUCAAAAAAAUUUACUUGUCUAUCGUUAUUCUACAUUGAUAACAAGUAUUCUUUUCAUAUUUGGUAUAUAUACAAUAAUUAAUAAUAAUUUGACACGACGAAUUUCAAAAAGAGUUUUUUCAAUAUUAUCAAAAAACAUGAAAAUUAUUAUAAAAUUUCUUUCAAUUACAAUACCAACACCAGUAUCUUUCCUAAUUUUAUUAUUUUUAAACAUAAUAAUUCAAUUAAUUUCUAAUUUCAAAUUUAAAUUUUCAAGUUUGUUAAUCAAUCGUUUAAUAAUAUUAUAUAUUAUUAUUAUAUGCCUGUGUUUUUAUGCACUUUAUAAAUAUUUUUUGCCAACAACAAAAUUUGAUUUAAAUUUUACAGGUAAUAUCCAUUAUAUAAAUAUUUUUAGAACCCAUAUUAUGUUUAGAAGAAAAAUAUAGUGAUAAAAAGCGUGAAAUCUACAGGUAGAAUAAUGAUGAUAUUAAAUUAAGAAAAAACAAAAAUGAAAAGAUUGCUUCUCUGAUGAUCGAUUAUAUUUGUAAAACAACUAUAGUCUGCUAGAGACUUUUCAUUUUACAUAGUUUCUAUUAGCACAAUGAGACUAAAGAACACGUGUGAGUUUCAUAUUUUAGUCUCGAAGAAGCCAUCAUGGAUGGCGAGGCAAUCAUCCAAACUUGUACCUGCUGUUUGAGUAUUAUAUUGGGUUCAAAAGAGAUAUCGUUGAGACUAGAAAAACCCUAAAAGAGUUCGUAUCCAUGUGCCUCUGGAGCUAAAUCAUGGCCGUUUUACUGAAAUUUUGCUCAUAAAUAAGUCAGAUAACCGGUAGAACACUUUUGAAAGUUUCAGACGAAAACAAUAUUCCGUUGUUGAGAAUAUUUUACUGGUUAUCCGACCUAUUUACGGGCGAAAUUUCAUCAUUUGAUUUUUCGAUAUAUAUUUGAAACUGGGUCGAAGAAUCAGUAAAAUGGUUAUUUGCCCAUAGGCAGUACCCUCAUACUGCAAGAUAGUCAAAAGAGAGGCAUAUUCUCUUUUUAUUCUUCGUAGUACCAAAGAGGUUGCGGUGGCCAGCUUUUUUUGUUGAUAUAAAAAUUUGAUUUAAAUUUUACAGGUAAUAUUUAUCUAAAUGAUAUAUCAAAAUUAAAUGAAACUGAAAUUUAUUGUUUAUUUUAUCCUCAAACAAUAAAUGAUAUUGAAUAUUUAAUAUCAAAAGCUGAAUCUCAAGGUAGAACAAUAUCUGUACGUGGACAAGCACAUACAAUGGGUGGACAAACAUUACCAUUAAGAAA